CCACAUUUCUUAUUCUUUGUCUCGCCUUUCAACAUUGCGCUGGCCCAGGCGCGCGCACAAACAAGCACAGCCUUUCGACGCCCGUGCGCAGCAAUAAUGGUCUUCUUCGAGCCCUUUGCCGUCGAGAGAUGGAUGGACGAGUACGAAACAAGGGCGACACACGAUCUCGCCGAGACGUGCUCCCUGUCGCUGCCCCUCAACGACGUGCUGCAGUGGUCGCGUGACGAUGGCGAGCCGGCCCUCGACGCCUCCGACUUCUUUUCCAAGCGCAUGGGCUACGGCCACAUUGCCGGCUCACCCAAGCUGCGCCAGAACAUUGCUUCCCUCUACAAUGGGAGCAUCAAGCCAGACGACGUCCUCGUCACACAGGGUGCCAUCGGUGCCAAUUUCCUAGCCAUUGUCUCGCUCGUGUCCAAGGGCGACCAUGUCAUCUGCGUCCACCCAACGUACCAGCAGCUGUACGAACUGCCGAAGACGUUUGGUGCCGACGUGGACCUAUGGCGCCUGCGACCCGAGUCGCAGUGGCAGCACCAGCUUCAGGACCUCGAGAAGCUCCUGACGAAAAAGACGAGCCUCGUCAUCAUUAAUAACCCCAACAAUCCCACGGGCCAGGUUAUCCCGACAGAGACUCUGAGCAGGCUCGCAGAACUGGUCAAGGAAAAAGCGGCGCCUGGCGCGCUCAUACUCUGCGAUGAGGUCUACCGGCCACUCUUCCACUCGCUCGACAAUGGAAGUGCUGCCCCACCCUCGAUUCUCGAGCUUGGACUGGACAAUGUCAUUGCGACGGGAAGCCUCUCCAAGGCAUUCUCCCUCGCCGGCUUGAGGGUCGGCUGGAUCGCCACGGCUCGACGCGAUGUUUUGCAGCGCUUGCACGCAAAUCGCGACUACAACACCAUCAGCGUCAGCGGCGUCGAUGACGAGCUGGCGGCAAGAGCGCUGGGCAAGCAGUGCCGGGCCAAGAUUUUGCAGCGCAAUAUCGAGCUAGCCCGGACCAACCGAGCGAUGCUUCAGAAAUGGGUCGAGACGCCGGGGAGGGGCACGUCGUGGGUCCCGACACGCGCGGGUACCACUGCUCUCGUUCAUCUCGGUCAAAAUGUCGACGACGAGGCCUUUUGCCGAGCCCUCAACGAAGAGCGAGGCGUGAACAUCGUCCCGGCCGGUCUCGCCUUUGGACAGCCUGGCUUUGUCCGCAUCGGCUACGUGGGAGAUUCAAACGUCCUUUCCGAGGGCCUCGAAAUCACUGGUAUCGCAUUCUCGGGCGAGGUCGUGCACCUUGACCGUAUCUAAUCUCCCCGACCUUGCUCGCCUCUCUCUGGUCGACGCGCUAACUUGCCGUCCAGGCGCAUGAGAUAUAGAAAGAGAGCGUUUUUCAUUACUGCAGGAAAUGAUCACUGUCUCCUUCUGUCGUCU